GCAGACGACGCCGUCUUCGUAACCUACCUCACCAACCUGAUCAACGCAGUCUACACCAGAUUUGAAGCCGACUUUUGGCAGCCCGGCAAGUUCACUCGCUGCUCAGCUGCCGAACUGCGGCAUUACAUUCAGUCGUCCGAAAUAGCCGUAGCCUGGCGGCGCGGCUCGUCUCAUGCCGAUCCGGCCGACGUGAUGGGGUGCGUGCGGCUGCACAUGCAAGUUGACGACGACGGCGGGAGCAUCGGCGCCUGCGGCAUGCUUGUCUGCGACCCGUCCUUCCAGGGGACCGGCGUGGGACGGGCCCUGGUGGAGUUCGUGGAGGAGCGAGCGAGGGCGCAGGGUGCAAAGCAGAUGCAGGUCGAGGUGAUUGUGGGUGACGGGUGGGUGCAUGAGUUCAAGGAGCGGCUGGCGGCGUGGUAUGAACGGAGAGGAUACCGGUUGUUGCGGACCGCCGAGGUGCGAGAUGAUUUACCUUGGUUGGCCGAUAUCCUCGCGAAGAAGGCAAAGGUUAGAGUGUUUCGCAAGCGGCUCUGA